CCUCCAGUGGAUCUUCCCAACCUAGGAAUCGAACUGGGGUCUCCUGUAUUGCAGGUGGAUUCUUUACCAACUGAGCUAUCAGGAAAGCCCAAGAUGUUAUGGGGGGAAACUCCAAAUGAACUUUGGGGCCAACCCAAUAAUUCCACCUCAGCCACUUACUGCUUGGCAAACCUUGGGCAAGUCCCUGAAAGUCCCUGAGCUUCAGUUUCCUCCUGUCCAAAGUGAGGGUUAUACUUGCAAGAGUAAUCUUGGUCUCCUAAUGGCGUCAUCACAACGCUUAGCACAGGGCCUGACUCAGUUCACAUUCAGUAAGUGGUGGUGACUGCUGUCGUCAUCAGUAAACCCCGAGAGGAGGGGCAGGUGUGAGAGGGAAUUAGGAAGCAGAGGUGGCAGGUCUUGGCCAUCAUUUGGCGUGGCCUUCUGGGACUGAACUGCUCAUUCUCAUCUAGCACCGGCCGUGGUGGUAGAGUGAGGGAGGUAGGGGCAACCAGCUGACUGCCUUCAGUCUGGGACCCAGCCCUCACCUCACGUCUGGGCUACCCUUCCUGGAACCGCACUACUAGUGUGUGUGUGAGUGUAUCCAUGCGUGUCUUUAGGGAAUGAAGCUCCAGAGAAAACCAAUCCUGUUUCUCAGUCCCGUGGCUCUGGGAGCACAGCUAGCUGUUAACUUCCUUCUGGAGACACCAGUUAUCCUUUGGGCAAGGUGUCAGGAUUCAGUCACGAGCUAUUCAUGAGCCCUGAGAACCACUGUUGGUCUCCAGGACUCAGUCCCCACACUUAUAAAAUUGCGUAGGUGGUGCCAGUCUUUCCAGCUCUGAGUUCUGACAUGCUUCAGCAGUCAAAGCAAUUGAUGCCUUGUCCUGGAUGGAGGGAGACCCUUGCUGGCGAGCUGGGACCCCUCAUACCUCAACCCACUUUGGAUAACACUCUAUAGCCCACUCCCAGUAGCCCUUCCCCAUUGGGUCCAAACCACACCUUGGUCGGGGAGUGUUCUGUGGGCAGCGUAACCCCCAGUGGACUCCUAACACCUCUCCUUUGUUUCUUUCACCUCCAGUCUCCCACCAGCGGAGCGGAAGUAAACUUUCCUGGCUAAGUUAGAUGAAUGGUCCCCUUUAGCCUGGAGGGCUGCCCCCCUCCUGCCUCCCUACAAACUCCCCCUGUCAAGGGAGGUGCUUCGGUGUGCGGGGGAGGCUGGGGGGCAAGAGCAUUUGGGCAGGGGCUGGGGGUGCCCUGCCCCCCCGAGGAGGAAUGGUGCCCCCAGGGAAGAAACCAGCUGGAGAGGCUUCCAACUCCAACAAGAAGUGCAAGCGUUACUUCAACGAGCACUGGAAAGAGGAGUUCACCUGGCUGGACUUUGACUACGAGCGGAAGCUGAUGUUCUGCCUUGAGUGCCGCCAGGCCCUGGUGCGGAACAAGCAUGGCAAAGCGGAGAAUGCCUUCACCGUGGGCACCGACAACUUCCAGCGCCACGCCCUGCUGCGCCACGUGACCUCGGGGGCCCACCGCCAGGCUCUGGCUGCCAACCGGGGCCAGCCCUCUUUUGAGGGCCAGGCUGAGGGCAGAGGGGCCUGCCCAGGCCUGGCCACCGCCCUCAGCUCCAGGGGCGUCAAGGUGGAAGCAGACCCGGCUAAAGUGGCUGUGCUGACCACAGUGUACUGCAUGGCCAAGGAGGAAGUGCCUGACGACCGCUGCUCUGCCCUGCUCGAGCUGCAGAGAUUCAACCUGUGCCAGGCGCUGCUGGGCACGGAGCACGGCGAUUACUACAGCCCCAGGAGGGUGAGGGACAUGCAGGUGGCCAUCGCCAGUGUCUUGCACGCAGAGGCCCGUCAGCGCCUGAAGGCAUCCCCGUAUGUGGGCCUGGUGUUGGACGAGACCAGGGACUGGCCUGAGUCCCACCGUCUGGCCUUGUUUGUCACUUCAGUGUCCCCCUGCGAUGGCCAGCCUGCCACCACCUUUCUGGGCAGUGUGGAGCUACAGGAAGGCGAGGCCACCACUGGCCAUGUCCUGGACAUCCUGCAGGCUUUCGGCGUGUCUGCAUCCAAGCUGGCCUGGCUCAGCUCAAGCCUCCCCAGUGACCGCCUGGGGAGCAUGCGCCCGCAGCUCCAGGCCGCCUGCCCACUGCUCACGGAGCUACACUGCCUUCCUGGCCGGACAGACCCCAAGCCCCCUGCCUACCUAGGUGAAUAUGAGAGUGUACUGGAUGCCCUAUUCCGCCUGCAUGGCGGCCCCAGUUCUCACGUGGUCCCUGAACUCAGGGCGGCACUGGACCUUGCAGCUAUUGACUUGGCAGGACCACGGCCAGUGCCCUGGGCCUCCCUGCUGCCUGUGGUGGAAACUGUGGCUGAGGCUUGGCCUUGCCUGGUGCUCACACUGGAGGCCUCUGCCCCAGCCUCGCCUACCACAAGGGCGCUGGCCCUCGCCCUGCGCCAGUUCACCUUCGUGGCCUUCACCCACCUCCUGCUGGAUGUUCUGCCCUCCGUGCAGAAGCUGGCCCUUGUCCUGCAGCCAGAAGAGCCGGAUUUGGCCUUGCUGCAGCCUCUGGUGAUGGCAGCUACAGCCUCCCUCCACGCACAGUGCAGUUCAGGUGGGGCGCGCCUCCAGGGCUUCCUGCAGGAACUGGCAUCCACUAGCCCCGAUUUGGGCUGUGGCCGCUGCACCUACCGCGGCGUGGAGCUGGUGGGCUACUCUGAAGCUGCGGUCCAGGGCUUGGAGCGGCUGCGGGGGGCCUUCCUGGACUCCAUGCGGAGGGGGCUGCGGGACUCUUACCCCGGGCCCUCGCUGGACGCCGUGGCCGCCUUCGCGGCCAUCUUCGACCCCCGCCGCUACCCGCAGGCCCCAGAGGAGCUGGGCGCUCACGGCGAGGGGGCACUCCGCGUCCUGCUGCGCGCCUUCGCCCCCGCUGUGGUGCGCCAGAGGGCGCUGGGCGACUUCGCGCUCUUCAAGCGCGUGGUGUGCAGCCUGGGGCGGCUGGGCCCGCGGGCCCUGUGCACCAAGCUGGCGUGCGCGCGCUCAGAACUGCACGAGCUCUUCCCCGACUUCGCCGCCCUGGCUGCACUGGCCUUGGCGCUGCCUGCGGGCGCCGGCCUCCUGGACAAGGUCGGCCGCAGCCGGGAGCUGCGGUGGUGGGGGCCAGGCGAGGCGGGGGAAGGACGGGGCGGCCCCGCGGUGAAGAUCGUGGUGGAUGGGCCGCCGCUGCACGAGUUUGACUUUGGGCUGGCGGUGGAGUUCCUAGAGAGCGGGUGGGGCGAGGGCCUCCUGGGCUCGCAGCUCACCUGAGAGCGGCCUCCUCUCCCCUGUCCAGCCGGUCUGGGGCCCUGGACUCGCUAAGGGCCAAGCCAGUCUUGACCUAGCAAGCUUACCUCCUAACUGUGGCCUCCCACCCACCUUCCCCGGGCUUCCUCGGCUCCAUGCUGAGUACUAACCCGGCUCAGUGGGAUGUGGAGGAGGGGCUGGGUCGGGGGUGCAAGUGGGGGCUUAGGCCCGUGGGCAGAGGUGCUAGGGUCUCGGGCACCCUAAAUAUCACUCCUGACCUUUCCGGUUCUGUGGGGAGUAGUUAACCCUGUUCCCUCGGAACUCCACUCACGUUUUCUCUCUAGAAAAGCUGAGGGGUCUUGGUUGGAAGGAGGAAGACAGAGCCUCCUCAGUUGAGGGGUUGAAGGCCAGGAGACUGGGUCCUUGACUGUUAGCCCUGCUCCUAGCAACAUGUCUUCUCUUCAGAUAUGACUGUCUUUGUUAUUAACGCACAUCAGAAUACCCUUUCUGUGAAAAAGCUCAAGGGAAGUAAGAGGUGCCCUCUCCACCAACAGGCUGCCUGAGACUUUUCUGUACUUGGCUGUAUGUAGACAUCCACUACAGUAUUCUUGCCUGGAGAAUCCCAUGGACAGAGGAGCCUGGGAGUCAACAGUCCAUAGGGUGGCAAAGAGUCGGACUAGACUGAAGCAACUUAGCGCACACACAUAGACAUACAUAUUUAUCAAUGUGAAAUAAAUCUAUCCUAGCCUCCCUCGUGUUAACACACAAAAUUGAAAAGGACUUCUUUUGGUUUUGCAACAAGAGGGUUCAAAAAAGUCCCAAAUGGGCUGAAUUUAUUUCUAAUUUUUUUCUUCCUCAAAGUCUGGUUGUUCUCCAAGUUCCUAACCUUCCCCUGCCCUUGCCUCAGAUCUCUCUCUCUCUCUCUCUUUUUUUUUUUUUUUGGCAGUGCUGAGAUUUUAGUUCCCUGACCAGGGAUUGAACCCAGGCCCCUGCCUCAGACCUUUAAGACCAAAGAGUGUAUAAACCACAGUGCUGGACUGGUUGACCCCAAGGACCAGCCUCAGGCCUGACCCAGGGGUGUUGGAGGGCUUUUGUUUCCAGUGGAGAGCAGUUGGGGCCUCACCGGAGUUGGGGAACACAUCCCUUCAGAUUCUGGGGGGUUUCCUAUCCCCUCUGUCAGCCCUUGCUGUGAAUGUUGUGGGGGAUCUGGAGGGGAGUAGUUAGUGAGAGGGGAGGGGGCUGGCCUUUCCAAGUCUCCUAGGUUUGGGUUUAAUUUGCAAUAAAGUGGAAACCCAGUGCAUCGUGCAGUCUCCAUGGUGGUGUGUGUGGCAGGGGCCCGCCCCGACUCCCCUCUGGGGUUCACUGGGGCCGUAAUGCUGCCCCUGCGGCGGGGGGUGGUGGUCAUCCUUCUGGGCUGGGAGCUUGGAACUGUGGACCCUCUGCUUCCACUUCCCCAGUGGUGCAGGGGAGAGGCGCAGAAAUGGGCUGUAAUCACUCUGGGCUUAGCCAGUGCUGCUUUGUGGAGAUGGGAGUUUCUGCCCUGGCUCCACAGCCAAGAAGCCCAUCAACCUCUUGUUCUGGCUGUGGAGGGAGGAGCAAGCCCUGUGACUCCCUGUUUCAGACCCUGCC